UGCUAGAAAAAUGCGGGGCUCGUCCUAAAACCUGACGUCAGCAGCACGAGCUUUAAUAACAUCUCCAGUCCCAGUCCGAGACAGUUGUCCUCGCGGAGGAGAUGACAACUAGAAGAAGCAUAAUAAUGCCUGAGACUUGUGCAGUGCAAAAUAUUUUGUUUUUAGAAAAGGAGUAAUUCUGGGUUCAAUGAAUUUAAAAUUCCUAACCAGUGAUGAGCUGGCUCCUGGUGUGGAUUCUUAUAGCAGCUGGGAUUCAAAAGGCCUACUCCCAGACCCAGAAUCCCACUGCCAUGCUGCCCCUAACAGAACCCACAGACCUGGAGCCAUACAACCGGACCCAGUACUGCCACUGGCCCUGUGAGUGUCCCCCGGUCCUCCCCGCCUGCCCCGCAGGAGUGAGCCUGCUCAUGGACGGCUGUGACUGCUGCAAGGCCUGCGCCAGGCAGGUGGGGGAGGAGUGCAACGAGGCAGACACCUGUGACUACCAUAAGGGACUCUACUGCGACUACAGCACGGACAAGCCGAGGUACGAAAAAGGAGUGUGUGCAUAUAUGGUUGGCACAGGCUGCGAGCAUGAUGGUGUGAUCUACCGGAAUGGGCAGAGCUUUAAGCCCAGCUGUAAAUACCAGUGUCUGUGUGUGAACGGGGCCAUCGGGUGCGUGACCCUGUGUACGGACUCCCAGCCCCCCCGGGUGUGGUGCCAGAACCCGAGGAGGGUCAAGAUCCCCGGACGCUGCUGUGAACAGUGGAUCUGUGACGAGCCCAAGAAGGGGAGGAAGACUGCUCCAAGACAUGCAGUGGAGGCUCUUCCUGCUGAGGCUCAGGGCCGGAGCAGGAACUGUGUGAUCCAGACCACCUCCUGGAGUAUCUGUUCUAAGACGUGUGGUCGAGGUCUGUCACUGCGCGUCUCCAACGCCAACGAGAGGUGUGAGAUGGUGAAAGAGUCCCGCCUCUGCAACAUACGGCCCUGUGGGGUGGACAUCACCAAGCACAUCAAGCCAGGGAAGAAGUGUCUGAACAUCUACAGAGAAGAACAGCCAAAAAACUUCACAAUCUCAGGCUGUGUCAGUAAGCAGCCUUACUGGCCUAAAUACUGUGGGGUGUGCAUGGCCACCGACGAUCGCUGCUGCAUUCCCUACAAGUCCAAGACCAUCGACGUGGAGUUUGUGUGUCCCAACGGGGCAGUGUUCACAUGGCAGGUCAUGUGGAUCAACGCCUGCUUCUGUAACCUCAGCUGCAGGAACCCCAACAACAUCUUUGCCGAGCUGGAGAAUUACUAUGGUUACCCUGAGAUCGUGAACUGAGACAUUUCAAUCAUUCGCCGUGAGCUUAUUAAGGGCUCUAUUCAGUCUGGAUCGCUGAAGCGUUGCAGAUUGCACAAUAUAAAUGUACAGGUAAUGUCUGAUUGAGACGACCUAUGCAGUGUUUACGGUGAAUGCAGCCUUCGUUAACAAGAGAACAUUGCCUUUAAAUUUCAAUCAGGCUGUAACACUGAACUUCCGUGAUACGGAGUAGAGCCCUAAACUUCCAUCUACCUACAUUUCGAUCUUCUUUUCCCUUCCUCGAACUGUUUUUUUUUGUCAGAACUCCCGAAAAAUGGUUUUAUUUGACGUUGGUAUACAUAAAGGUAUUCAAUCUGAGGCGCGUUAUAGUGCAGAGCAUCAUACAACAGACAGUCCGCCCUUUGAAGGCAUUUUCCCAGUGUCCGCAGAUGUCAUUCAUGGUAAAUGCUCUGAUUGUCAGCUCAAGCCUAAAUGUCCUUUACAAGCCUGUUAUAGUGUGCUGCUCUAUAUCUUGCAUUGGAUUGAAUCGAUUAGAUUGAAUCUCACCCAAAGUAUAUUUCUUAUAAGGGGAUAUUUAAACGUGAGAAUUUUUUUUCAGAAUAUCUUUAUGGUCUGUAUAGGGUUGCUUUGGGAAUGAGUGUGAAAUAUUUUAGUUUUAAUUUAUUCAAUACUAAAUGAUUGAAAAAAUGUUGCCAUACAGGUAUUUUAUGAAAGUCACAGUAACAAGUUUCACGAAAUCUCGUCCACACUCAUGAAAAGAUUGGUUUGAUCACGUGGCUCUGAAUUGAAUGAUGAGUAAGAGACGGCGUGAGAUGCUACUAUAGAAUGCAUGUACUAUAUACGGUUAAAUAGCCAUCUGUGGAAGUGUGGUGUCAUUCUUACAAGGUCACAUUCUACUUAUGAUCAUUGAAGUAAUCACAACACCAGGACAAAAAGUUAUAGGUUUUUAUUUAUUAAAUAAAUACAAAACUGUUAUGCCAUAUUUAAUGCUUCUCAUCUACAGCAUUAGGCAGUUGUGCAUCUUUAAAAUGCGAUGUAGGCCUGUGUUCUACAAAGCCGGCAAGUGUUGCUGUAGUGCACGUAAAAGUGGGAGGGUUUUUGAUACGUUCUAAGGAGAACUAUCCUCACAUUACAUUAUGUGGAUCUAUCGGCUUGACUCUCUCAAAUCCUUCACAACAAAAUCAUUUUAAGUUAGAGAAGGUUUCCAUGGCACAUCAUCUUUGUUCUGCCGUGCUUGAUUGCAUAGAAAACAUUUACAUACACACACAAAAAAUAUCCAAAAGAUUUAUUUUGCCUGAAGCCAUGAUCUAUUAAUAAAGCAAUAGGAUUCAAAGCUGA